UAAGUUAAACGACAAUUGCGUGAAAAGUACGGUAUAUGAUGAAGGGGUGGAUAGUUGAGGAAUUUGGCAGAUCGUUAGAGGAGUGGGAAAAUGGCGGGUGGUGGAAAGGUGUCGUUCAAAGUAACACUGACAUCCGAUCCAAAGUUACCCUUCAAAGUGUUUAGCGUUCCAGAGGCUGCACCUUUUACUGCCGUUCUCAAAUUCGCUGCCGAAGAAUUCAAAGUCCCUCCCCAGACCAGCGCUAUCAUCACCAACGAUGGCGUUGGCAUAAAUCCCCAGCAGAGCGCAGGCAAUGUCUUCCUUAAGCAUGGCUCAGAAUUGCGCUUGAUUCCGCGUGACAGGGUUGGUGCCUCUUAGACGUUACGGGUGUCUGACUGGAUAUCGACCCUUUUCACCAAAUACAUGAACUAUUGUAACUUCAUAGUAGACAAUAAAUACGAUCCAUGAUGAUUUCAUAGUAUUGAGAUCAAAGUUGUCUUUUACCGAUAAAGUUAGUUUCUUUUUUCAAUAAAGAUAUAAAUUUCUGGGAAAAUUAGUAGUUAACUUCCAUAGUCCUGUCAACUUGAAUGGGAGGUAGCUCAUUCCGUUGGACAA